ACUACUUAAUAAAGAUGAGAACGAAAGGCUGAAGAACGAAGUUCUAAUAGGCAAUAUUGUAGCCAGUCAAUUAUCUUCAAAUUUGCCAAAGGUCAAUUCAACCGUCCAAAUGGCGGCCAAUUGGGAUGAUAGGGCCUGGUGGCCGGAUCGGGAUGAUGCCGAUAUUUCGUACGCUAGGGACAAGUUGGAUCAGUUGCUGCAGACACUUAAGGACAAUCCAAAUAGAGCAAAAGAAAGCUCCAGAUACAAGGACGAAAUACUCGGUCGGAGGGAAUCACAAGAGAAAGAGAAGUUUCGCCCGUCUUUCUUCAAGACUUCACCUAAUGAUUCAAAGCGGCGAAAACGCCGAGCUGGGUCAGAUGAAGAGGAAGGCUACAAAGGUAGUCUGCUCGAGAUCUUUGAAAGAAGUGUGGACUUUAGUCAAUUCACUGAAAAUGCUCCGCUGUACCCCAUGGCCAGAGCAUGGAUUAGGAAUUUGAACCAGGGAGAUGCUUCCUCCUGGAACGAUAUCCCGAACGCUGAUGAUGAUCUUGAGAACACAGAACAGCUUCCAGAAUGUCACUAUGCGCUUCCAAAGCCCAUGGAUGGUCUGACGGAUAAUGAAGUUCGAGUGCCUCCACCACUCCCGUCGAUAGGACAGCCAUUCGUCAUUAAUGUUGAGGAUCCCCCCAAAGAAAUGUCACCUGAAGGCUUACUAGAACAACAUAUAUCACGCUGGAGAGAGAUCAGAAGAAAAUGGAAGUCGGCCUGCCGAUACAACGAAGAGAGGUAUAUGGACGCAUACCUAAUUCUCAAGGAGAUGUAUGAUAAAUAUUGCAAAGAGAUCUCCUGA